GCGAGAGGCGAAAUCCUCAAGCCACAUGCCACCAUACAUCAUCAUCCACAAAUUAUAUUCGUACAUUUAUAUUUUAAAAUUGAAAAUUUCCUUGUGGACCAUGUCAAUAGAUCAAACGUGCAUGUCAUCGUCCCAUUUUUCAAAAAAAGUUCUCACAUAUCUCCCGUUUCUUCCUUCGCCUGCCAUAAAUCUCAACUCAAAACAUUCCUCCCCACCAUACCACCCCCCUCUUCCAACCUCUCUCGCUCUCUGCGCCUUAGAAAGAAAUUGGAUUUGUUUCUUUUGAUCGCUGUUUGGGUCCGACAUCUUUUUCUGGAUUAUUCUCUCCUGCAGCAGGUUUUUGCUUGAACCCCACAAAUUAAUUAAGGAUGCUAGCAAAGCGUGGCCACAGAUUCUUCAAGUUCAGACCCACCACCAUCCCCACCGCCAUCGCCAUCCCCACUUUGUAUUUCGACUCCAAUUGAUCGAUCUGUACUGUUUGAUUUUACCGAGAGCCUAAAAAUUCUCCUUUCCCAGCUUUUUCAUCAUCACCCACUUGACAUAUCUAUACAAAAUAGUUUUCGCUUCUCAAUUCUUCUCCUCUCCCAGCUUUUUCAUCAUCACCCACUUGACAUAUAUAUACGAAACAAAAUUCUUCUCAAUUCUUGUGUUUGGGGGGAGACAAAUGGUAGCAGGGAAGGAAUACGAGCAGGCAGCAGGAGGAAGGAUAGUGAUGAUAGGAAUAAUGGGAUGGAUAGUAAUGAGGAUUGAUUACUCGAGGCUGUUCUGGCUGCUGUUUCGCGUCUUCUCCUACGAAAACCACGAGGGAAAGCCUCGGAUCUUCUAGCACAUAUAUCCAUAAUUCUUUAGUUCCGUCAUAUACAGAUAUAUUAGUAGCUUCUGCUCCUCAUCGAUCGGAUUGAAAAAUCAAAUUAUACAGAUAAAUAAUAUAUUUUAUACAACUAGCCCUGUCGUGUCUGAACUCUGAAGAACUGAAGAAGAAGAAGAAGAAGAAGCAGAAUAGAGUUUGGGGUGUUGAUUGAUUGACUGAUGCAUAAGAGACCCAUGCAGAAAUCGCGGUUGGGAGAAGCCAUUAAUGGUGUUGGUGAAGCACAGGUGCUGUCCGGGUACAUCGAAACUGAUCCAUCCGGUCGCUAUGGACGCUUUAGAGAGACACUAGGAAAAGGGGCCAUGAAGACAGUGUACAAGGGAUUUGAUAUGGCGAUGGGGAUGGAGGUGGCCUGGAACCAGGUCAAGCUUCACGAUGUCUUGAAAUCUCCAGGGGAACUGCAGCGGCUCUACUCUGAAGUCCAUCUCCUUAAAACCCUAAACCACGACUCCAUUAUGCGAUACUAUGCAUCUUGGAUCGAUGUCCAUGGAUCAACCUUCAACUUCAUCACUGAAAUGUUCACCUCCGGCACCCUUCGACAGUACAGGCAGAAGCACAAGCACUUAGAAAUUGGAGCUGUCAAAAAAUGGGUUCGACAGAUCCUGCAUGGGCUAGCUUACCUGCAUGGUCACGACCCUCCAGUUAUUCACAGAGACCUCAAGUGUGAUAAUAUAUUUGUCAAUGGCCAUCUAGGUCAGGUGAAGAUUGGUGAUUUGGGUUUAGCCACUAUUCUUGGAGCCUCUCGACAAGCCCAUAGCGUCAUAGGUACACCAGAGUUCAUGGCACCAGAAAUGUAUGAAGAAAAAUAUAGUGAGCUUGUAGACAUAUACUCAUUGGGCAUGUGUGUGCUCGAGAUGCUUACUUUGGACUAUCCAUAUAGCGAGUGCUCAAACCCUGCACAAAUAUACAAGAGAGUGACUUCAGGAAGGUUGCCAGAGGCAUUCUAUAAGAUUCAAGAUUUGGAAGCACGAACGUUCGUGGGAAAAUGUCUUGAGAAUGCUUCGAAGAGGUUACCAGCACAAAUGCUCUUGCUGGAUUCUUUUUUAGCAUCGCAUGAAGGAGAGCCAUUACUAAUUCCAAGGGCUCCUACUCAAAAGGGUCCUCUGAAUGAAACAAAGGAUGAGAUGCCACUACUUUUUCUAGCUGACCCUCAAAGGACUACAAACAUGACCAUCACAGGGAGCAUGGACCCUAAAGAUGAUACACUUUUUUUGAAAGUACAAUUUUUUGACAAAGAUGGUAAUGCUAGAAAUAUAUACUUUCCCUUUGACACUCGCAAUGACACUGCAAUUGAUGUUGCAAUGGAGAUGGUAAAAGAGUUAGAAAUCAAUGAUUGGGAUCCAUUGGAGAUCGCUAUGAUGAUAGAAAAGGAGAUAUCUUCUUUGGUUCCAUCUUGGAAGGAAUUGGGCUCAUUUGUUACUCACCAUGCGGAUUUCCUUAGUUAUGAAGAGAAUUGCGAUGAAUCACUCUAUCCCUUUUGCUCCUUCUCCUCUUGUUCUUCCUCCCAUGCUUCUCUCCUUGGUUUUAGCACAUCAUAUGAGACAAGGGUUCAUCCAACAUGUAAUGCCACUUUUAGCCAUGACUGGCUUCAAGAAAAUCUAGUCCUUUUUAAUGAUGAUGCAAGUUCUCAAGGCUCUUUAAACUCUCACAAGUGCUACAAUUUAAAUUACUAUUCAGGAAAUGAUGAUGAUUUAGAGUUAAGUCUUGGAAAGGGAGAUCAUAUCUUCAUAGAAAACACCCACAAAUCCACAAGGGUUUCUACUGUAAAAGGCAUGAGGGUAGAUAAUUAUAAAACCUACCAACAGAGGAAGAUGACCAAGAUCAAAUCACUAAUAGAUGUGCGUAGCCAAUUGUUGCAUCAAUCUUUGGUGGAGGAAAUAAACAAGCGACGCUUAUUUAAGACAAUUGGAGCUCUUGAGAACAUUGGGUUUCAGGAACCAAGUGAGUUUUCUAGCAGGUUAUUACUAGGCAAUGGAUCUUCUUCUAGAUCACUUGAUGAAGGUGAAAAGGCAAGAUUUGAAUGUUGAAAUUAUCAAUAAAUUAAUAUCGGUCUCUUUGAACUAUGAAUCAUCAUACUUAGGGAUUCUUUGUGGUGUGUCUAAUUAAUGUGUUUGUGGGCUACACUUGUGAAAAGAAUGUGUAUAAAGAAUGAAUGGUUUAUAAGUAGCAUAUGAGUAUGUAAUGUGGAUAUCCUAUUAUUGUAAAAAAUGAGGAUAUUAUGCAUAUAAAUAAAUUGUAGCACGCGAUGUAUUUAUUUAAAA